AUGUUUGAAAAUGUUUCUUCUGCCACAGUGUUUACUCUUUCAGGUUUCAAUUUUACAUUUGAAGAAAGAAUAACGCUCUUCUUGCUGACGUUGCUGUGGUACCUUAUGAUCGGUUUUGGAAAUGUUGCUCUUAUUGUUGCUAUUAUUAUGGAUCAAAACCUCCAUGAGCCUAUGUAUAUCUUUUUGUGUAAUCUAUGCAUUAGUUCUCUGUAUGGAACUCUUGGUUUUUACCCAAAAUUUCUUCUGGAUCUUCUGUCAUCUAAUGUCAUUACCUAUGCUGGGUGCAUGCUUCAAGGUUAUGUAAUUCACUCCUCAUCUUGCUGUGACUUUUCCAUCUUAGCUCUGAUGGCUUAUGACAGAUAUGUGGCAAUAUGUCAACCGCUGGUUUACCAUUCAGUUAUGACCAAACAGAGAGUCUCACUCUUUGUGGUUUUAUCUUGGUUUUUGCCUCUUUUCUGUAUGUUUAUGAACUCAGCAUCUUUAUUAGGAAUACGUUUAUGUGGAUCACACAUAAAAAGGAUCUAUUGUGUCAAUAUGAUGAUAGUUAAUCUUGCUUGCUCGCCUCCUAAAGCGAAUACUGCAAUUGCAUAUUUUAACAUUGUAUUCUAUUUUGCACAUUUCAUGUUUAUCGUUUGGUCUUACAUGUAUCUGAUAAGAACAUGCAAAUCCUCAAAAAAAUGGGGGAAGUUUAUGCAGACAUGCUUGCCACAUUUAAUCUGUCUAAUCGUUUUUGCCGCAGCUAUGCUUUUAGACUUAAUGUACAUGAGAUUUGGGAAAGCUGAGUUCUCUCAAAACUUCUCUAAUUUCACAGCAAUACAAUUUCUGCUUAUUCCUCCAUUUGUGAAUCCAUUCAUAUAUGGUUUCAAACUGACCAAGGUCCGCAACAAAAUCUUUAACGUAAUUUGUUUUAAAAAAAGAGAUGCAAAGUGUCAUGACAUGACUUUUCAUAUCAGAAGUGAGCCCUCAAACUGA